AAGAGAAAUGUCAAAAAAAAACCAGUCAAAAGAUUUUGCAGAAAAUAAUAUAUUUUUUUGCAUAUUGUUUAUUCAUUAAAGUCCAGGAAGAACAAAUUAACAAAUCAUAUAAAGUUAAUAAAAGCAAAAUUGCAAAUCAUGUAACCUUAAGAAUUAAUAUCUAUAUCAAGCAAAAAAAAAUUGGCAAUACGAAUACAUCAGUAUCAUAAUCAAUUGAAGAUACAACAGAGCAGACAGAGAAAACCGGAAUUAACCUGAAAAAAGGUCAACGAAAACAGCUGAGUGGAUAGAUGGCCUGAUCUUAACUCUUCGCUUCGCUAAAACGCAAAUGUUGGGAAUUGAAUUUAUGCGAUAUAAAAUAGAAAAAUAAAACGAGAAUAUAAAGCUGGAAAAAGUGAGAAAAGAAAGACGGAAGACUUUGUUGCGGUUAAUUAAUGAUUGUUAUUAUUAAUUUGUUUAUUGCGGCCGUUCUCUUUCACUUGGUCUUAUUUUUAAUACGGUCUCUUAUAAAUCGCCUAUACGCCAGAAUUAUGGCCGAUGUUCUUAAUCAAAAUUCAAAUGUCGUGGAAGGGAAUAAUCAGCCAGCGGCUAAUCCAUCGCAGCCAGCACGACUUCAGCAACCACAGGCAGCACCGGCUGAAGCACAAUUGGAAGCAGCGCAACGUUUGCCACAGCGUAAUAUAUUUAAUAUAAAUAUCAAUCAACGUAAUCGCGGGGGGCAGAAUAAUCUAAUGAACGUCCGUGAUCGUUUAUUUCAUGCCAUCUACUUUAAAGUGGCUCUUUUGUAUGCCCAAAUAUUUUCCAAACCAAUGCAACGUACUUUGGAAUAUUUUAUUUUAUUAAAAGCGUUGUUGUUUUUCUUUGCCUUGGUUUAUAUACAUAUAUCUUUUAUUAAGAAUCCCUCUUCUUGCCUAAAUAAUGUACAAGAUUGGCCAAGAGACGGUGUGCUAAGAGUUGAGGUCAUACCGAACUUGGAUGAACGUUUAGAAAUUUAUGAGAAAUCUCAGAACUAUGAAAACUCUAUGCGUCAACUGCAAUACAAUUAUUUUUAUGGUAUAGGUCCUAAGAGUAAAAGUCAACUUGAUAACCAUCAGUUUACAACAAACGAAACCUUGACUAAAUAUCUACACCAACUAGAUCAAUAUGAAACUUUUAAAACUGAAUUGAAACGAAAAAUUGAUGAUAACAACCUAUAUAAAAUAGAUAAUGAUGAUCAAUAUAUUGUCGAAUAUUCUCUAGAAUAUGGACAUUUACGUUUAUCGGCUGCUACUCGGGAGCGUCUACAUAUACCGGUACGGGUUGUGCAAUUAGAUCCUGAAACUAAUAAAUGCUUUGGUGACAAAUUUAGUAAAUUUUUACUUAGAGAAUUUCUUGGAUACGACGAUUUGUUAAUGGCCUCAGUGCGGGUUGUAGCUGAAAAAGAAGAUAACAAAGGUUACUUGCGUAACGUUAUAACAGGCGAACAUUAUCGUUUCGUUUCCACUUGGUGGACAGCAUGGAGCUCAUAUCCUACAGCAUUUUUCGUUAUGCUGCUAUUUACAUUUUCUAUAUCGAUGCUUUUAAGGUUCUCACAUCAUCAAAUAUUUGUUUUAAUAGUGGAUCUUUUACAAAUGUUGGAAUUUAAUGUGGCUUCCCGCUUUCCUAUAGCUCCUUUACUUAUUGUGGUAUUGGCUUUAGUAGGGAUGGAAGCCAUAAUGUCUGAAUUUUUUAACGACACGACAACUGCGUUCUAUAUAAUCAUUAUUGUCUGGGUGGCUGAUCAAUUUGAUGCUAUUUGUUGCCAUACAAGCGUUACUAAACGACAUUGGUUGCGCUUUUUCUAUUUGUACCAUUUCGCGUUCUAUGCUUAUCAUUAUCGCUUCAGCGGACAAAAUCGUAGCUUAGCGUUGGUAUCCUCAUGGCUGUUCAUACAGCAUUCGAUGCUAUACUUUUUCCAUCGUUACGAAUUGCCAGUUAUUAUGCAACAAACGCACAUACUAAUAAUCCAAAAUGCUGGAGGGGGUAAUGCGGCCGCAGUAAUCAUGCCGCAACGACAACAACAACAACAACAACAAGAACAACAACAGCAGCAACAAGCAGUUGGAAUUGCCAAUGGAAACAACGGUAUGGGAGGGAUUGGCGCCGCGGGUGGCGGUAGCGGUGGCGGUGGCGGUGGUGUUGGCGCUGGUAACGGUCGUGGUGGUGGCAUUGCCGAACGUUACAAUUUCCCUACAAAUCGUAUACGUUUUAUUUCGUUGCAACAGCAACAGCAACAAAGGCAACCGCAACAAGAGCAGCCAGGACCGCAUAACCCCCACUUACAGAGAAUACGUGGAUUAAUUCAUCGUUUAGUGGAAGGAAAUCUCGGAUCCAUGGACACGCUACGGCGUGCAUUGUUCGCUCGUGGAUUACGCGAACCAAUACGUGUCCGCAUACAGACUGGCGACUUGCAGCACAUCAAUCUAGGUACUAUACAGAUAAUUCCCGAUAAUACAAUGACACGUGCAACACAACAAGCACUGAAUAAUAGUAUUGCUGGUGCAGCACCAACGUCAGGGGCAACAACAACCGCCACCAAUGAAAAUACAAAUAACAUAACAGCACAGCAACAACAAGAUUUAUCAACGACUACCGCAUCAACAAAUGCAAUGCUUUCUAUUAGUGAAUCAGGUUCUACUAGAAUUGCGAAUACGUCAGCCAAUCAUAAUAAUAUUGUCCGACUUGGUGCUGAAAUAACAACAUCUUCAACGCCCAGAGCAGCUGCCGUUACCACAACAUCGUGGUCGCCGCAAAUGUCUUCAGCUCGUUCAGCAUCCUUCAACACUAUUGUCACAGCAUCCAAUAGAAUCGGAUCAACUACCUCAACAACAUCAGGGAAUGAACUGUUGAACUCAACAACUUUAACAAAAAAUAACAAUCACAAUAAUGCUAUUGAAGUUAAGGAAACACUUGAAAACAAUAAAAAUGAAACGGAAAAUGAGGCAAAUUGGCAAAAAGCGCAGCAGCAACAACAACAGCCGCAGCAAUCAAUUCAACAAAGUGAAGAAAACGAACAACAACAAGAAAUCCGUGGGCAAUUACAAACGAUAACAAAUGAUGUUUCAAUUGAAAGUGAAAAUAUUGAAGCUUCCCGUAAUAGCGAUGAUGCUAAAGAAGUUAAAAAAACAACAGUAACAGGGCAAAGUGAUGGCGUUACUGGCAAACUUGAUGUUACGGAAACGGAUGUUAUGGGUGCGAAUGCCGACGCUGCUGAAGUUAUAUCAGUAGAAACUAAUAAUGAAAAUAAUAAAAUAAUAAGUGGGAGUAAUCUGCAACAAUUAGAGAACAAUUGCGAGGAGCAAAACAGUAAAGUAAAAGUUUUAAACAACAAUAUUAGUCAGGAUAACGAAUUAAACGCCAUAAAAACAGAGGCAAUAAAGCAAACGUCGGUCAAAUCAACUGAAAGUGCGGAGACUAAUAUCAAUUCUGUUUAUCUAACGAGUAGUGAGAAUAUGACAGCUCCUGCUAUGAUCAUAACAACAACAAAUCAAAUUAAAUUGCCACAUAAUAAUAACCAAGCGCAAACAACACAAAAGCAGCAACAGUCACAACAACAGCAGCAGCAACAAUCAGAACAAAACUAUAUAAAUAGUGGCAAUGAAGCAAAGCAUCAUCAUCAAGAGAAACCUGAAAUAGAUGCCGUAGAAACGGUAACAGUAACAGCACCAUCAUCCUCAUCUUUACGGACGUUGUCAUCGUUAACAUCAACAUUCACAACACAAAUUGAUACAAUACCUGAAAUGAUUGAUGGGAGACAAGUAAUCAAACCACAAAACCACAAUACAUCAUCAACGGUCCAGCAUGCAACAAUAACGACAGUAGCAACGGUCUCACGGGCUUCAGGCCUAACAACAACUCCAUUGAUGCCAGCUGCUAGUGAUGGUAACGCAGCCUGCUGUUAUCAAACAACAUCAACACCAACAACAACGGUAACUAACACCAACAUUGAUAGGAACAAUUCAUCGUCAUUGAAUUUAACUGUAAACACAUCGACAAAUUUAAUAACUGAUGCCACCGACGUCAGGAAUGCAUACGACGACGACGACGACGACGACGACGACGACUACCAAAAGGACUCGGCAACGGUUUCACGUGAAUAAUUCUUUUGUGUACACACAUUACGCAUCAUACAAUGCACACAUCAUCCCUCAUACGCCUACGCAAAUAUGUUACAACACACAGACAUUUUUUUCUUUAAUGUAACGACGGCUUUCCAAGUAAAAUCUUAUAAGUCUUAAAAAUUAAAAUAAAAAAAAAUAAAAUAAAAUCAAGUCUUUUUCGUGUAAACGCGCGAUGUAAAAUAAAUGAAAGAAAGAUGAAUAAGAAAA